AUGGCUGCCAUACCGAAGAGUCAAAAGUGUCCCUGCGCGACCGCAGAGGAGGCAGCUGGCCGUAAGGCGGCCGCCGAGACGGCAGACCGGGAGCCGUCGAAUGGAAUGGUGACGCCCCCGAGCCCGGCACCAAAGGGAACCUCAGCUACACCGGCAUACCGCGUACAAAAGGCCAAUUCGAAGAAUGGACCGGCUAAAAAGCAGAUCGACCCCGCCAACCUCGAAAGAAUGGACGCCAACCAGCUGAACGUACUUUCUUCCUCAGAACUGAAGUCGCCAAUCUCGCCCACCAAUGGCAACAUGCCCACGACGCCCAUCACGGCUUUCCCCAGCUAUGGAAUGAUGGGCUUUAUCCCCAACGGCAACGCCUUUGGCCCCAACCCAGCCAUGUUUCCGCUCUAUCAGCAACUGGCAUCGGCAAAUCCAGCGACGGGUCCCGCCGCGACCAAACCGAUGGCACCCAAUGGUCAUCCCCUCGUGAAUGGACACACUGUCGUCGCAGCUAAGAGCUGCUGCGGCCCUGCGAAACCGACAUUGGCGCAGCCAAGUGAACAACAUGCGCCUAAAGCGAACGGAAUCAAUGGCGUUGAAAACCAGCCCAAGAGCUGCUGCUCAUCCAAGGCAGAGAAAUCAGAGACGAAGCCCCAAGAACGCAUGCCUACGUCAGCAAUAGCUCCUCAGGCCAACGGCAUGGUGAUGCCGCAGUUUAAUAAUGUGCCGAUGGGUAUGCCAAAUGGCCUGUAUCCUUACUUUGCUCAACCCGCUAUAUUCGCUUACCCACCACAAUACGGCUCCUAUAUGCAACCACUUCAGCCAGAUCAGUGGAGACAGCUGAUGACGGCACUGAGCUAUGGACAACAGCAACAGCAACCAACAAACGGACAGCAGAAUGCUUCGUACAGCGCACCCGCUCCAGUGCCCGCCGUACCCGCCCCAUCGCAGCAGUUCCCGCAGACCAGCAGCUCAGAAGCAGAUUCUACAUGGACGGCUCACCAUUGCAGCUGCGGGGAUGGUUGUCAGUGUAUUGGCUGUGCCACACACCCGUAUAACACAGCAACGCAAAAUUACGUUCGAUCUGCCUGGAACAGCAUGGUGGAGGAUUCGCCCAAGCGCCACAGACAUUCCGAUAGCGUCAGUACCCCUAGUAUCAACGGCAGCUACGAGAUGCCUACACCCUCGGGCCAAUCGCCGAUUAGCGGCUCGACACCUGCCAUGGCAAAGAUGGAAGAGACGGCCUCACCCUCGACGGCACACACACCAUCAGAUGCCACCUCGACCCUCGGAGAAGAAAUGGGUUUGUCGGCAAAUGACUUUUUCUUUGUAAGCUAUCCGUUUGGCGACAUUUGCGAAGGAGAGAUGGCAAACUGCCCUUGUGGAGAUGGUUGCCAGUGUAUUGGCUGUGCCAUACACGUUACUGUCCAACACGGCCCUUGA